GCCUUUAGGCACAGGGGCCAUUAUCGCCAUAACACUAUCACCACCACUCAAUUAGACGACCUCCUCGCAAGGUGGAGCUGCCGUCUGUCAUGUGAUUAAUAGCAGUACUGUGUAAGUUACGUGGAGUGGCAUUCAGGUGAAAUAUACCGUCAUCCACAUCAAUACUCAGCCGGAGAGUUGGACUCUUACAGGGAUUUUGAAAUCAUCAGGGGAUGACUGUAGUAAUUUAUAUCUAGCAGUCAAAGCAGGUAGAUUGUGAUUUAUCGACUUCACUGACCACGGCCUUGCUUUAGUUUUACACGACCACUACUUCUACACUGACACAUACAGACACACAGUGUGGUUAUUAUCUCUCUGCUGCGUCAUGGGAAGUUUACAGGACUUGCAGAAACUACUACGAAUGAAAGAUGAUCAGAUUCGUGAGCUUCAGCUAGAGAUCGAACACAAAAAUGGGCUGAUCCAGGAAUUAAGAAGCCAGCUGGAUAAAUAUCAGUCUGUGUUUGGCCCCAAGAGCCCCAAGUUUGGGCCCAGGAAACAGCGUGCUCAGGGGAUCUCAGCCGAGCCCCAGCAGGCUCAGAGGACGGUGUCAGAGCUGACCAGACAGAAGUUUAGGAAAUAUUCUAAGUCACCCAGGUAA